ACCCAAAAACAAGGAACAGGGAAACGGAGCUCAAGAAAAUAAAAAUGUAAAGUAAAGAAAGGGCUGGCGGUCGCAGUCGACUCCUGUUCUCGGUUUUCCUUUAAAAUCUUCGUCUCUCUAUCUAAACUCUAAAGUCUCCUUCUUCUUUUUUGAUUCUGAGAAGCUAAACAAGAGAAAACAAGGAAGAACAAAAAUGGAGAACAACAACAACAACAUGGGAGAGUUGAAGGCCCAGAAUCAGAAUAAGAAGCAAGUUCGUUUGUUUUACUGUAUGGAAUGUGAAGAGCUUGCCGCUAAAGUUGCUGCUCAAUCCCAACUCAUUACCCUUCAAUCUAUCAACUGGAGGAAUUUUGAUGAUGGAUUUCCAAAUCUUUUCAUAAAUAAUGCACAUGAUAUCCGAGGCCAGCAUGUUGCCUUUCUUGCAUCCUUCAGCUCCCCAUCUGUCAUUUUUGAACAGCUUUCUGUCAUAUACAAUCUGCCACGAUUGUUUGUUGCUUCCUUCACAUUGGUGCUGCCAUUCUUUCCAACUGGCUCCUUUGAGAGAAUGGAAGAAGAAGGAGAUGUAGCAACUGCAUUUACCAUGGCAAGGAUUUUGUCAAAUAUUCCCAUAUCAAGAGGUGGUCCUACAAGUUUAGUCAUUUACGACAUCCAUGCUCUGCAGGAAAGAUUUUAUUUUGGAGACCAUGUGUUGCCAUUAUUUGAGACUGGGAUUCCUCUUCUAAAGCAACGCCUUCACCAGCUUCCUGACGCUGAAAAGAUAGUUGUUGCAUUUCCGGAUGAUGGAGCUUGGAAACGAUUUCACAAGCUGUUGGAUCAUUUUCCAAUGGUUAUCUGCACAAAGGUUCGUGAGGGUGACAAGAGGAUAGUUCGGCUCAAGGAGGGAAAUCCUGCUGGUUGUCAUGUGGUGAUAGUUGAUGACUUAGUGCAAUCUGGAGGCACUCUUAUUGAAUGCCAGAAAGUUUUGGUAGCGCAUGGUGCAGCAAAGGUUAGUGCUUAUGUCACCCAUGGUGUUUUUCCUAAGCGCUCCUGGGAGCGAUUUACACCUAAGAAUGAUGAAGGGUCAGAGAAGGGAUUUGCCUUCUUUUGGAUCACGGAUUCUUGCCCACACACUGUCAAAGCCAUUGGAAACAGAGCUCCUUUUGAAGUUCUGAGUCUUGCAGGAUCCAUUGCUGAUGCUUUACAAAUUUAAGGAGAUAUUACAUAUCAACUCUUUUCUCAGACAAGUCUGUAGAUUUCUUUAAGCAGUCAUCAUUUUAAUUUUAACUUUCUUCUCUCUAUAUAAAAUUUCUCAACUCCAAAAUUGCUAAAAAUUAUCUGUUAAGACUCUUGAUUGAAGCACUACAUGUGAGGCACACACAAGUGCAACAAAUUCUUCAAAUUACAACAAUACCAGCAUAGAGAAUAAAUAUUCUGCCAUUACAAAGAUGAAUCAGGCUAUAGUAUUAUUGCAAACA